AUGAAUUUCGGAUUAACCGGGAAAAAUUCAGAUGGGAUGAAGGACCCCUUGGUCCCUUCGCAAGGCGAAAAGAUGACCGGAGACGAACUGCUGAGCGGCGAGAAGAAGGGUAUCGGUGGGGUUAUUUUUCCAGCUGACGAUGCUAAGGUUCCCGUUUCUGCAUUCGUGAACCCGAAGAACCCAGAUAAAGUUGAUACCGAAGCCCUCAACCGGGAUACUGCGUCCGCAUGUAUCAUCACAGUCACUGACGGUACUGGGCGUGGAGAUCCUCAGCAGCGUGCCCUGAAGGAGAUGAUCGCGGGCAGCGUUUGUCUCGGACUUGUUGUCACAGUGGCUCUGGUGUUGCUCGGAGGUUCCUAUUCACUGGGCUAUGUGUUGGACUUCGCCAGCGGUGGUAACAUGAAUGCCAGACAUUAUCGCGGGUGGUGUGCCGUGCCGUACAAUUACUGGAAGCAAGCUGAAGCAUCCGGAGAUUUGCUGCUGGCGGAUGACAUCCCGCUGUUUUUUCACGAACGAUUUGUGCUGAACGUGGAAUCACGCGGCGAGAACGAAAUUAUGCGUGCGGAAGUCGAGGUCCCGGAUUUCAAGGGAGGAAGGCAUGGGAAGUUUUUGCACGACUUCCGCAAGAAUCUGACGGCGAUUGUUGACAUGACUGGCGGCAGAUGCUUCGUCCUGCCUUUGGACACGGAGCAUGUUCUGCCUCCGCAAUCUUUGGCCAACGUUUUCCAAGACAUGAAGAACGGUCGUUUUCAGGUGGAUACUGCAGUGAUUCGCGAAACAAUGCGUGUAAUUUGGCCGCCGAUUGAAGACGUUGCAUCCCUAGGCGUUUACAUCGGUUGGGCCUGCCAACAUCGUCAGACUUUCCGCCUGGAAAAAAUUGAUCCGGAGACUUACUGCGAAUCGCCGCCGUGUGGAAACUUGGAAGAGAUUCAGAAAGAAAUUUUCGAGAAGGUUCACGACAUGGUCGAGUCCGAAGGUGACAUUGUCCGUUACAAGCGAGAUGUAUCACCGAAAGGAAUCGAAGAUGAGAAAAAUAGCAACCAGAUCGUCAAGAAGCGUGGUUUAGUAUUCGCCGAAUUUGCGGGGAAGAAUGUCGUUGAGUUUGACAUUGUCGGGCUUGCAGCUUAGCAAUUGCAAGGCCUAUAUUUAUUCGGCUAUCUCUAGAUGCCAGAUCCAGACGAUUUAAAAAAGAUCCAGGAAGUUAGUAGAAGUGUUAAGUGUCGCAGUAGUCUGAGGAAGGAGACGGAAUUUUGAACAAGGGCUGAUACAGAAGGCCUUUUUGUCAGGCGUAUUCCUUGAUCGGAUCUCAGAAAAUCCUCAUUCUUUUUCGGUACUUUUUUAUUUUCAAAAAGUUGAUCAUGACUAUCCUUGUCAAAUGUUACCGCAAUGUGGAGAGGGGCAAUAAUUGAUAUCCUUGAAAAGGCUUUUUAAAUUGUGCAAUCUAGAAAAUAUGCUAAAAGCGUUUGAUCUCUUGAGCUCGUUGACUAGUUCUGUUGGUUGAAAAAUUUGCGAGCAUUUGACCUAUGGGGUGAUAUCACGUUACUAAUUUAAAAACCUAGUUGUACUCUUAAUUUGUUGAAAUCCGACUUAUGUUGAGUGUGGUUUGAGGCAGUUUUGUAAUAUGGUUGGCUUUUGUUUGUGAAUGUCGCAUAUUUUCAUCCACUGCUUAGACUUGCAUUAGAAGCGAUGCGGUAGUCGAAAAUCGUGGUGAAUUGCCUGUAAGGCUGAUGAAAAAUGUGGAGGAUGGAAAAUAACAGGAGCAGAUUUCAUUA